AGUGGGCGUGUUGUUUUCGUUUCAUCAUAGCUUAUUAUAUGUUUAGUAGCCUAAGUUUUGUUUUCCGUUGCUCACAGCAAAGUUUGCAUAAUCAACCAAUCAAGUUUCGUUUCUGACUGACAGAGCUGAGGCAUAAAAAUCAGCUGUCGGUUCUCCAGAGCCACUUCACCAAAAUGUUUUCAUGGGGAGAGGACUGUGAGCAGGGCUUUCGGUUGAGAGACGGCUCAACUAUAUCAACAGGUGACGGAGUUCACUUUUUAAACCUGAGUUUUGACAUCACGGAUGUGUCAGCAGGUCACAAUGUGCUCGCCUUCGUCAAAAGUAAUGGAGAUACAUCCAUCAUUCGCACAAAUGAGAGCACAGAUGGGAUAAGGGUCAGAGGAAAACAGAAGUUUGUGAAGUGUAAAGAGAAGAUUCAGGCUGUGAGUUGUGGUGAUGAUAUGGUCACACUGCUGUCUGAGAGAGGAAAAGUUCUCUGUGUGGAUGCAACUCGCACUUACAUUCCAAGGCCCCUUGAAGCUUUGUGUAAAAUACCAGUUUCUCAGGUUGCUUGUGGGAGCCAGCAUUCAGUUGCCCUGACCAAAGAUGGUCAGGUUUAUACAUGGGGCAAGGACUCCAGGGGCCAGGGGCCAGCUGGCACCAAUUCACCCCAACACCUCAGAUCCCUGUCAGCGCUCCCCCUGGUCCAGAUCGCUGCAGGGGGAGAGCAGAGCUUCGCCCUCUCUGUCUCUGGUGGUGUGUUCGGCUGGGGCAGAAACCACUGUGGACAGCUCGGGCUGGGAGACACAACAGACAGACAUACACCAACUCCACUUCAUUACCUGAACUCGAAGAAAACUAUUCACAUUUCCUGUGGAAAGAACCACACUGCCAUUUUGACAAAGACUGGUGCAGUGUUUACAUUUGGCUCUGGCCAAUAUGGACAGCUUGGGCACAACUCAUUCAGAGAUGAACUACGACCCCGGCUUGUUGCAGAGCUCUGGGGGGCAAAGGUCAUCAAGACUGCAUGUGGACGACAUCACACAUUAGUGAUGACAGACUCCAAGAGGGUCUACUCCUUUGGGUGUGGAACGCAGGGGCAGCUGGGACAUGGAGAGGAGAGUCAUCCGUCUGUGCCGCUACCUGUUCAACUGCCACAGGACACCACUCCCAUACUUAGAAACAUCUACGCAGGAGGGAACUGUUCGUUUGCAACGUGCACACCUGUUCAGGAAGCUGAUGAGAAGUCAAACACUGACAGUGUCAACAAUGUCAAACAGCACUCUAUUGAGGACAUGAUUGACAAAUGGGUUUCUAAAUGUGAUUUAAAAUCAUCAAAAAAGAUAAAACAGGAAAUCCACAGGACGUUUUCCUCUGCAUCCUGUAUGAAUCGAGUCUUCCUUGACCAAAGCAAAGAUAAACAUUUCCAGACCUCAACAAAGUACUCCGGCUUGAACUUGUCACUUGUGCAACCUGCUUUCGAGAAACUUGUGAAGAAAGAUGAUGUUUUGGCAGAGGUUGAGGCUGCUGUCCUGCACUUGCUUCCCUCUUUCGAUGAGAAGUCUGUGGGAGUGGAGGGGUUGAGGAUCUUCCUGCUUCUCAAUGAGCUCCUGCAUGUGAUCCAGAGACACAAACUGCUACUGAGCAUGAAGCUUGCUGAGGCGGUCGCUGCUGCCAUGCAAAGACUGUCUGCUGAAAGCCUCCAGGUCAUAGGGGACUGGUGGGCCUCAUUGACAUCCUCCACCAUGGUUAGACAUGUUAAGGUGUGGAAGCAGGCCCUCUCACUGAUCCUGUCCAAUGAGCCUGUUUCUCGCAACUCUGGAGUCAGAAACCUGCUACUAGUCCUCCAGUACAUGUACAACGCCAACAACAGGAUUGCAGGACGUCAGAGAAUCCCAGAAAAAACUUUUUGUUUGGGGAUUAGCGAAACAUUUCUUUGCGAGGAUUUGCAGAUUUGGCAUUCAAUGUCAAAAAUCCAGGAUAUGGAUCAUCAGCCACUUAUCCUUUUUAACUUCCCAUUUGUGAUGGAUCUGAAAUCAAAGAUAAUGGCUUUUGACAUCAAUGCCGCAUGCACUCAGAAAGAACACCAGGCAAAUAUGUUUUGGCCUUUUUAUUUUGAACUGAAGCUGAAGCGAGCAUCACUUUUGGAAGGCACCUUCAAACAACUGGCUUCUGCUGAUCACAGUGCCUUCAAGAAGCCACUCGUGGUCUAUUUUGAUGAGGACCCAAAGGUCACAGAUGUCUACAAAAAAGACCUUUUUCACCACUUGUUUCUUGAAAUGGUGUCAACUAAAGCUGGAAUGUUUAUGUUCAACGACUCUGAAACGCUGGCAUGGUUCCCCUCCACAGCAACAGAAGAGGAAAAGACAAACUUCUUCCUGGUUGGGGUUCUGUGUGGAUUGGCCUUAUACAACAAGAGUAUCAUACACUUCCCAUUCCCACUGGCUCUGUUCAAGAAGCUACUCGAUGUAGAGCCGACAUUGGAGGAUAUGAUGGAAUUCAGCCCAAGUGUUGGAAGGAGUCUGCAGUACGUCUUGGACUAUGAAGAUGACCUAGAAAAUCUGGACAUGUGUUUCUUGAUUACCUGGAAUGAGACUGAGAUUGACCUUGAUCCCCGAAAUCCUGGAAAGGCCGUGACAGGUCAAAAUAAGAAGGAGUUUGUGGAUGCCUACGUUAGUCAUGCCUUCAACACAUCAGUGGAGAGUGUGUUUCAGGAGUUUAAGCGGGGCUUCUUCCAGGUGUGUGACAGGGAUUUGGUGAAGCUGUUUCGGCCAGAGGAGCUGCAGCGAGUGUUGGUGGGCCAAGAUGUCUAUGACUGGGCGAAACUGAAACAGAACACAGUGUGGGAUCUUCGUGUUGGCUACCCCACCAUGCAGAUGUUUUGGGAGGUUUUUGAUGAACUGACUGAAGACCAGAGAAAAGAUUUCCUUUGGUUCCUGACUGGUUUUAGAAGGGUUCCUAUUCUUGGCAUGGACCAGGUCCAGAUGAAGGUUCAACGUAUGCAAAUCCAGGGCGGUCAGCACUACGAUCAGCACUUCCCUAGUUCUCUGACAUGUCACUCUAUUCUGGACCUGCCCUUAUACUCAUCCAAGGAGAUUAUGCGAGACAGGCUGACAGAGGCCCUGAUAACAGAGAGAGGAUUCUUGUGAUGGCGGAUCAACAGCUGUACAGGAGUGUGUACUGUAUCUAUGCUGGGAAAAGGUGGGCCUGAUUGUUAUUUUAGGAUUACAUUUCCUGCCCUACCUCAGGAUUAAAACUAAAUCACUGUACUGAAUGCACAUGACUUGAUGACUUUAAAGCGUAAUGUUCUAGCUGAUUAUGUGUCAAAAGAGGUGUCAGUUAAACUGUAUGGUAAUGUUGGUGUGUUUCCAGUUUAUGGCUCGGUUAUAUAAUUGUAUUAUAUAUUAAGAACAGUAAAUGUGGUUGGAGAAAAUAUUGUUAUGACAGUCGGAUAAGCCAAUAGUGUACAUUAGGGGUCUAUUUAGAAAAUGUUCAACCUUUGUUUCAGAAAUUUAUGUUGCACUCCAUUCCUGCAGGGGCCCAUUGUUUUAUUGUUUUGUCAUGACUGUAUAUUUUGUUUGCACAUCAUACCAUGUAACCAUAGUCAAUUAAAUAGUCAAUAAAAUAUGACAUUAUAAACAA